AUGUCCUCUAUCACGAUACCUUCUUCAAACUGGCAAAAGCUUAAAAAUAAAAUUGCACAGGAAGAUGCAAAAAAAGCGAAAGAUAAAAAGCGAAAACGCGUUGAGAUAACACAGAAGCCCGUCAAAAGUAUAAAAUCGAGUUAUCAGCAGACGGCAUCCAAUGGAACAAAUGGAAAGGAGAUAAAUAAAAAUUUGUUUAAAAAGGAUGAAAUUUGGUUUGAUGUUAAAGAAGAUGAUCUUGAUAGAGCAUAUGGUAAGGUGGAUUCGAAUUCUUCGAAUGGAUCGGUGAAUUCGGAGAGAUUAGCACAUGGCAACAAAGCAAAAAUUGGAAAAUACAUUGCGAUCGAUUGUGAGAUGGUUGGAGUGGGACCUGGCGGCGAAAGUUCAGCCCUUGCCAGAGUAACUGUGGUGAAUUAUCAUGGCGUAGUUAUACUGGAUAAAUACGUACGCCCAGUCGAACGCGUCACCGAUUUCAGGUCCGAAAUCAGUGGAAUCACGCCAAAAUUACUUGCAAAAUCCCACGAAUUCAAGCAAGUUCAACGUGAGGUGGCGGACGUAAUAAAAGAUCGAAUAGUCAUAGGUCACGCUCUCCAUCACGACUUUAGGGUAUUGCUCCUGGAUCACCCUCGAAAAAUGAUGCGCGACACCUCUCUGUAUAAUCCAUUUCGCAAAUUAGCAAAAGGAAAAACUCCAUCCCUAAAACGAUUGGCAAAAGAGGAACUUGGAAUAACAAUUCAAGAAGGAUGUCACUCUUCGGUUGAAGACGCACAAGUUUGCAUGAUGUUGUAUCGAAAACACCGGAGUCAAUGGGAACAGUUAAAUCACACAAGGUCCUAA